AUACCAGUUCAGCCCAUUCCUCCACCCACCUCCAGCAACUCCUGCAGACCCCGUCGCUUGAGUGCCUCCCUGGCGGUACCCAACCACUCGACCAACAGCCAAAUUUUGGAUCCCGGGUCUACCGAUGCGGAUAAUGAGAGCAGCAAGGACAACAAGAACAGCGAAGUCGACGAGAUAUACGACUCCAGCUCUGGCAAAGAGACUCGAGAUGCUGCGGAUGAUGAGUGCCUUGCUAGGUUGAAGGGGGAUAGAUCUACUGGCAAAGAUGAGAAUCCCUCUAACAAGCACAAGACCUUCGAUCGCUGGUUCAUCACGAAACCAGUGCCCCAAAGUCGCCCAAAUACCUUUACCUCGGCACCUUUUCCAGCUCAAACAUUUCAGGCUACGAACUCCUCAACACCUAGCACCAGCCACGGCUCUGUUUCGGCCACGUUCAAUGCACACGGUGGCUUGUUCGAGAGUGCCUUUCAAGGCGGAUUUUCGCAGCGGGCCGAUGCGAUCAUCUCCAUUGGCGGACCGGGCAUGGGUGGAGACAGACAAUGGACAUCAGAGACAACAUGUGAGCUUGCUAUGGUUGUUGGAGGCACGCUCGGUAGAGGUAAUCAAGAUAUCGCACAUCUUGACGCAAAUCCAGAAGAAGGGAAGCACACCGGACCAAUGGACAAUAUCCCCUGGAGGAACAAAAACUUGUUUCUCGCAAGGAAAAGGGGAGAUCCAGACUACCUCUAUGAUCUGGACCCUAGGGAUUUCAAUAGACGAUUUGAGGAGCAGGCCCGGGCAGCAAAGCAAGCUGAGGAGGAGGCAGCAAGGAAGCGAGCUGAAGCGCUGCUAGCCUUCGAGAAACUUUACGUUCUCGCCAGAGAGGACCUGCAGCCUUUACGUUCUGCCAAAGAGCUAUCGACAACACAUUCAUGGCCGGCAAGAACAAAGUUAUACUUCUAUGACACCUUUGCUUCAAGCAAGAAGUCCAAAGAGCCUACAACGGAGCGUCCUGUACAAAGCGCCAAAACGUGGCCUGUUAGGAACUUGUUCACUGCAAAGAAGAGAGUGGAAGACUUCUAUUCCAGGGCCAAAGAAUCGCACAUGGAUGCCGAAAGCGAGACAUUCGGGAGCAUAGUCAAAAAAUUCACAUUCGGAUCGAGGAAU